AUGAAGAAAGCAAACGAUAACUCGCAGAACAUUCGCGAAACUGCGGAGCUCAGAAUUCGAAACCAGACCAUCCGGCUCAACGGCCCUUACCUAGUCAACUUCACAGUAUUUCACACAACACUUCAAUUUCUCAUCAUGAAGAGAAAGAGGACCUCAUCAAGGAAGACUGAGUCCUGGCACGAUCCAGCUCCAUCUUCAAGGAACCAUAAUCAGACACGAAACCGCUCCAAGUAUCACAAUCAGACACCAAACCAGCUCUCAAAGAAUUCCAAUCAGACACCAAACCGGGCCUCUAAGAACUGCAAUCAGACUCCAAACCAGCUCUCAAAGAAUCCAAACCAGACACCAAACCAGCCCUCAGAAGAAAACGAAAGCAUGUCAGCCACACCCCUACCAACAUGGUGCAAGGAACCGGUGGUCUUCAAAGAUGUAGCUGUGUACUUCAGCCAGAAGGAGUGGCAGCAGCUGGAGCCUGCUCAGAAGGAUCUGUACAAAGAAGUGAUGCUGGAGAACUAUGAGAACCUGGCCUCCUUGGGCCAUCUGAUCGUCAAACCAAAGUUGAUCACCAGGUUGGAACAAGGGUUAGACCUUUUUGCCAAAGAGAAAGAUGCCAGCGAAGGUCCCCAGCAAGGUGAGGAGGGAGUCAGCAGAAGUGAUGCCUCUUCAGGGAAGAAGACAGAGAAUAACUUGGACACAGAGAAUAACACAAACACAGAGAAUAACUCAAAGAUUGAAAUCACAAAGCAAAACAGUUGUAAGACAACAUCUCAGGAGAAGCAGAAGAAAAUAGAUCAAGGAGGUGAUUCCCAGAGUUUGAGGGCAGAAAAGACCCCAGAAAGGGAUGAUAGGGUGUCUCAGAACAAAGAGAAAUGUGGUCCAACACUGGCUACAGAAUCAUCCAAAAAAAUAUUACCUGGCGGUAAGGAACGUGAAUCUGUGGCCUCAGGAAUACUUUCAAGUGAAACAUCAGCAACUACAUCACAACAGAGCACCUCUCAAGAAAAGUCAACUGCAGGCCAAGACUCUAACAGAAAAACACAGAAUGCUAAGAUUCUCACAAAACGUAAGCCCGCCCGACAGGGUAAGAACCACUUUAAAUGUAAAGAAUGUGGGAAAACUUUCAACCAGACCCUCCAUCUUGUGGAGCAUGAGAGAAUUCAUACAGGAGAGAAACCUCACAAGUGUGACACAUGUGGCAAAUCCUUCAGGCACAUCUCAUACUUCCUCACACACUACCGAAUUCACACGGGAGUGAGGCCCUAUAAGUGUAAAGAGUGUGGCAAAGCCUUCAACAGCAGCUCCACACUCAACAACCACUACAGGACCCACACGGGGGAGAAACCCUUCAAAUGUGAUGAGUGUGGGAAAACCUUCAAGCAGAGCACAAAGCUCACUCGUCACCAGAGGAUUCAUACUGGGGAGAAACCUUACAAGUGCGGAGAGUGUAACAAGUGCUUUGGUCGCAGCUCAUCCCUAAGGGAACACAAGAGGAUCCAUACUGGAGAGAAACCAUACAAGUGUAAAGUGUGUGGGAAAACCUUCAGGGUCAACUCACAUCUUUCAGAGCAUCAGAGGCUCCAUUUAGAAGAGAAACCAUACAAGUGUGAAAAAUGUGGGAGGCACUUCCGAAAUGGCUCCCACCUGGCAGAUCACAAGCAGAUCCAUGUGCCUGGGACCCGAAUGGACUGCCCGGAAUGUGGAAAAGAUUUCUCCAGCAAAUUAGCACUUCUAAAGCAUCAGAAAAGGCACAGGGAAGAUUCAUUGUAUCCGUGCAAGGGAUGUGAAAAGACAUUUAGGUGCAAGUCGAGCAUACAGAGGCAUGAGAGGCUGCAUGCAGGGGAAGCGCCUUUCGUGUGUGAUAAGUGUGACAAAGGUUUCACUGACAAGACUACUUUGAAUAAUCACUUGAAAAUCCACGCUGGAGAUAGGCCAGAUCCAUGUGCCCAGUGUGGUAGAACCUUUAGAAAACUGGCUACCCUGCUGCUCCACGAGAAAAGGCAUGCCAAAAAGAAAGAGCAAAAAGAGAAACCUGAUACUGAUGAUGCAUGA